AAAUUUCCUCUUCUUUUUUGAAACUAGCCAUAGCACCAGCCCAGGAGCCGCGUACUAGUUGUCGACUCCCCUUUCACGUGCCUGCUCUGCUCACAACACGCCGCCGCGCCACUGCUCCCGGAAAAAGGAAGCAAGCAACAAUGAACUAGAUUUCAAAAUAAAGUCGCGUCUAAUGUCCGAGGUCAAACACGGCGAUAUAAAUCGAUGUUUACGUUUAGCAUCGAUGCCAAUAAACCGUAGAGCAUUAUAUCGAUUAAUUGAUGUGUAUCGAUGAAUCGUUACACCCCUAUUAUACAUAGUAGAAUGGUCAAAACUUGUUUUAUUGAGGCGGGCCGUCUCUUCGGUCGCCCAUUUGAUGAUGAUCAUGUGACGUCAGGCUUUGAGUCUCUUCCGGAAAAACGAAACUAACCUCCUAUCCAAUGAAAAGGCUCCCAGUAGAUGAAGGGAAGUUUCGUUUCUCCUGAAAGAAAUGCAAAGCUUUUCAGAUUUUGGGGGCGUAGCAAAUUGACAUUUGUUUGACACCGGACUCACUUAAAUAUCGAGCCUGCUGGCUGAAAGUACACACAUCCAUCCACAUAAGGACAGAAAAGACAACAUGGGAUUGCUGACUGCUCUUGCUCUGGGUGCUGCGGGCGCAACUGGUUCGGUGAUUCUGGCUCCGGUGGCCCUGGGAGCUAUCGGCUUUACUUCAGCUGGGAUAGCGGCAGGUUCCUGGGCCGCGGGCAUGAUGUCCACCGCAGCCAUCGCCAACGGAGGAGGGGUGGCGGCAGGGAGCGCGGUGGCUAUCUUGCAGUCUGCCGGCAUGGCUGGUAUACCGGCUGCGGCCUCUGCAGCUGUGGGCGCUGCAGGUGCGGCUGCAGGAGGUGCGGCAGCACUCAUUGCUGCUAUCGUCUGAGGCCAAACCUUUUUGCCAAAUGAAUACCAUUUCAUAUAAUAUCAAUGAUGUGAUACGAAUAUGAAUCCUAAUUCAAUAAAUGAAAUUGCUCAAUUUCA